AUGGAUGUCGAGGACGUGGAGUUCCUGAAUAUCCUGAAAGGAAAACGUAUCAAACUUUCCCUGAAGACUUCUUCGUACUUUGGGGUCGUCCAUCGCAUCAAUCCAAACAAAACCUUGGUUUUGGCAGAUGUUACUGAUAGAAAUGGGUCAAAAAUACCUGGAACCAAACUGUUCUGUGGCCACGAGAUUGUUAAUGUUGAAUUUGUCAAGGAAUCAAACGAUGACAAUGAUGGAAACAUUAAUGUGGACGGAUUGGGAGAGCAACUGAAAGUUGAAAAGUUUCAGCCAUACAGGAAAACCAUCACACUGGAUGAUGAUGACAAUGAGGAGUAUAUCAACUUUGUAGUCAUUGAUGAGUUCCAUGAGAAGUUUGGACCAGCUGUGAUGCACAUCAAAAAGCAGCAAGUGAUUGGAGUCGGAGCUGAAGGUGUUGAAACGUUCAAGAGUGGACGACUGUGUUGGCUGCAGAUUGCUACAAAACAGAAGGUGUAUUUAUUUGAUGUCCUGCAACUUGGAACACGGGCAUUUAAGAAUGGUCUCUCCAUGAUCCUGGAAAGUAAGCACAUAUUAAAGGUCAUUCAUGAUUGCAGAGCCAUCGCUGGAAGUCUGAUUUCUCAGUUCGGAGUAAAGAUGACCAAUGUCUUUGACACUCAGGUACAUGUUGCAGAUGUCAUGUGCUUCUACUCAGAGACAGGUGGUUUCCUUCCUGAUAAGGUUUGCACUCUCCAGGAGGUGGUAAGUCUCCACCUGAAGGUGCCCUCCUCCAAGCUCACAUCUCUCCAGAUGAAGUCACAGAUCACUGAGAAAGAGAGGGAGAUAUGGUUCAAUCGUCCUUGCCCUGUAGCCCUGCUGAAGGUGCUGGUUUUGUCAGUGAUCCACCUGCAGCCUCUCAGACUGGUGCUGCUGGACUCUCUCAUGAUGGACUACAUGGCUGUGGUGGAUUCCUACCUGAGCAGCACCCACUACGAACCUGCUGCACUGGAGCCUCUAACUAUGGAAGACCUGAUGGAGUUGCCCAGAGAGCUCCAGCAGCUGAGCGAGAUGCAGCGUGAGCGACGGGAGCGGGCUGCUGGGCGCUUCCCUGUCACAGAGCAGGGACUGCUGGCUCGCUUCAAUCCGCAUCCUCAGCAGCAGCCACCCCAGAUCUCACCAGCUGAAAACCAUCAUACCAGCACAGAGACUGAAUCCUUUGAACCUGCAGUUGUAAAGCCGCCUUCCUCAACAGAGAUGGAGCCUCUUGGUAACCAAAAUACCCCGAUCCCAUUGAGCGUUACCAGAGUUUCUCCAGUGGAUGACUGCGCCUCUUUAAACCAACCAUCGCAACUCCCGACUCCAGCCAUUGGGUCAGAUGUCAUAAAAGAAAUGACUGCCAGCCAUCCACUAUCUACAGAUGUGGCCAGGGGAUGCAAAGAGGCACCAGUUAUGGGGAGAGGAAAGCCAUUUGGAAAAGAGCAGGCAUCUUUCCCUGCCUUACCCUCUAUAGGAAGAGGUUUCUUUUUACAGUUACCACCACCUCAGAUUCCUGGAGAGAGUGCCAGGAAUGUGAGCGCUCCUGACGGGCUGGGGGCGGUUCCCACGUGUGGCAGGAAGACACCAAGAAACACUUCACUGCCAUAA